AGGAUCACUGUGAAGGUAAGGCGUUAGGCACACAGAGCACAUGCUGAACCAGCAGAGACUGGAGCCCAAGCUCUGCUCAGGGGUGCACAGGGACAUGGUAAGAGAUGGCAGGCACAAACUGCAACAGAGGAAAUUCCAUCUGAAUAUAAGGAAAAAUGAGUAUGGUUAGCACAGCAACUGGGCACCAGAGAGAUGGGGAUCCUAUCCUUGGAGACUUAAAGACUGGACAAGACCUUGAGCAGCCUGGUCUGGCUUUGAACAAGAGCUGGAUGAGGUGGCCUCCACUUCCAACCUGAUUUUUAACUCCAUGUCUGUCUACUCCAAACACCUGGAGUUUUCCUAAUGCAGUGUGUGACCUAGCACCCACCUAAAAGCCUCCUCACCAAAACUCCCAAUGAGUUCCUUUCCUUGGACUUGCCCAAACCAGACUGGUCUAUGCAGGAUGUGUCCCCCAUGUCCACCUUCUGCUCCCUGUGCUUAGUAAACUCUCCUGGGGUGUAACUAUGUUCUUGGUCUGUGUUGCAUUUCCCAACAGGGUAGGAUCCUGGUCCACCACAGCCCAUGACAGGGGGGCUACAGAAACACAGGAAGGGUUUAACCUCUGUGGAAACCCUGCCUGACUCUUCACCUUCUCCCUGAGUGCUCACCUGUUGCUUUUGAGGUGGUGAGGUCCAAGGGCAUCUUCUUCUCGUCUUCUCUUGAUGGAGCCGCAUUAAACCCUGGUGCAUCCCAGCUGGGCCCCAGCGUUGCAGGGAAGCCAACAAAGGGGAUUUUCUGCCAUCAUUUGUUCCAAAUUACAGUGAUUCCAUGGAGCUCUUUGGCCACUUUCCACUGCAGUGCUCCAGCUCCCAAGCCCCACGCAACCAGGAGGUGGGGCCUGGUGGUGGUAGUGGCUAGGGCACGGUGCAUCACUCUCAGAGGACCAGGGUGAAGGGACGGUGCAGACAGCACCCUCUGCUCCUGCUCUGCUGGGGACGGGCUGCCCCUCGGUGGGUGAGUCACGAUGACAGCCAAGAAGAACCAGACUCUGCAGAAUGGAAGUGCCAAGGAGAACGUGCUGCAGAGGGUGCUGCAGCUGCCGGUGGUGAGCUCAACCUGCGAGAGCCUGCAGCGCACCUACAGCACCACCAAGGAGGCGCAUCCGCUCAUGGCCUCCGUGUGCGAGGUCUAUGAGCGGGGCGUGCAGGGUGCCAGCGCCUUGGCCAUGUGGAGCGUGGAGCCGGUGGUGCGCAGGCUGGAGCCCCAGUUUGCUGUGGCGAACAACCUGGCGUGCCGGGGCUUGGACCACCUGGAGGAGAAGAUCCCUGCCCUCCACUACCCCGUUGACAAGCUCGCAUCGGAACUGAAGGGCACCAUCUCCACUCCCCUCCAAAGCGCCAAAAGCACCAUCGGCAACUCCAUGGACAAGAUCAUGGAGCUGGCAGCAGAGGGCUACGAGGCCACCAAGAGCACGGUGGAGACGACAGCCAAGUACACGAGGAGGAACUCGGUGAGCCAGAUGGCAGCCGCCGGGGUCGACACGGCCCUGGGAGGGCUGGAGAAGCUGAUGGAGUACCUGCUGCCGGAGGAGGAGGAAGAAGCAGGUAAUCAGAAGCCCAAAGAGCCACGUGGGUCAGCAGCAAAGGUGUCCCAGCAGCAGCCCAGUGCUCCCAGUGCUCCCAGCACCCUGGGCCGGAUCGGCACCUUAGUUAGCACUGCCUCCCACCGUGCGUACCAGCAAACCACCCAUGGCCUCCAGCGUGCCAAAGCCAAAGGGCAGGAGCUGGCCACGUGGAUCCCCAUCGUGGGCAGCCUGGCCAAGCCAAGCGCACCUGAGGCACCGCAGCCCCAUAGUGAUGGGUGCAGCACCACAACCGGCCAGCUGAGCCAGCGGCAAAGCAAGGUGCCAGAGAAGAAGCAGGAGAAGGCAGGGAAGAAAGACAACCACCACAGCAAGGAGGCAGGGGAUGAGCCCGGGCUGGUGGGCAGCGUGGCUCACAACCUGCAAACCGCCUGCGCCUCCGGCAUCUCCAGCGUGAAGAAGGUCCCGGCGGUGGCCUGGGAUGCAGCAGAGGGGUUGAUCCUCUUCACCCCCCGCAGGCUGUCCAAGGCCAUGGAGACGGUGGAUGCUCUUGGGGGGACCCUCGUCAGUGCCCCCAAGCAUCUGCUGGGCACCCUGUACAGCUACGUGCCGCUCCGCAGGCAGUCAGCAAAGGAAGAGGAUGCAGCCGGGAGCAGCAAGCCCAGCGCUGAGAAGGAGCAGAAGGAGGAAGAGGAGGAGGAGGAGGCCAAGCCUGCCACCCCCCCUGCUGAGGAGAAAGCCCAGCUGAGGGGUGACUGGCGGCUGUACCGCGGCCAUCACCCCCUCUCCUUCCUGGGGCUGGAGGACCCCCUGUUCCUGCGGCACAACUUCUACCGCAGCCCUGCCUUCGAGCCCGAGUGCCCCCUCCCGCGGAAAUCCGCCUUCUCCCCCUACAGCAGGCGCGUGAGCGAGGGCUCCUAUCGCUUCAGCCCCGAGCCCCUGUACAGCCGGCCCUACUACACCGGCCCCUACAGUCCUGGCUUCAAGAAGGACUGAGCCAUGGGGAGGAUGAGCGCAUUCCAGCC